AUGCCUUCCUAUGUCAUCACUGGCGCCUCUAGAGGCCUGGGCUUCGAGUUUCUCCGCCAGCUCUCCAGCGACUCCAACAACAUCGUCAUCGGCCUCGUCCGAAACAAAGCCGCAACCGACCAAGCAGUCGCCCACGAGCUCGCAGGCCGCUCCAACAUUCACAUCCUGGAAGCUGACAUUACCGACUACGAGGCCAUCAAGCAUGCCGUAGCAGAGACUGCCAGAAUCACAGGCGGCACGCUCGACUACCUCAUCGCCAAUGCAGCAUAUGUCUCUGAAUUUGACGCCUACGACCCCAUCGGCGUCCUAGGCGAAAACCCCCAAGCCCUCGAACAAGACCUCCUCAAAUCCUUCAAAGUAAACGUCAUAGCAAACGUCCACCUCUUCAACCUCUACAUGCCCCUCAUCCUCGCCGGCACCACCAAGAAAGUCAUCACCCUGUCCACGGGCAUGGCGGAUCUCGACUCGAUGAACAAGUACGAGCUGCACGUUGCGCCUGGCUACGCCAUCAGCAAGGCGGCUAUGAAUGUGGCGGUUGGCAAGUUUCAUGCGCAGUAUAAGAAGGAGGGGGUUUUGUUUAUGAGUAUUUGUCCGGGCGUGGUUGAUACCGGACACUACAAGAAUGCGACCCCGGAGCAAAUGGAGAAGCUGGGGGACAUGUUUCAAAAGUUUGUGCUGAACAAUCCCGACUUCAAGGGCCCGGCAAAGGCAGAGGAUGCUGUCAGGAGUGUCAUUUCUGUGUGGGAGAAUGCAAGCAUCGAGGGUGGCAGCGGUGGUUCGUACGUGUCCCAUCAUGGGAACAAGAAGUGGCUGUAA